CACAUCUACGCUCAUCAAACAGGAAGUUUGACACAUACUGAGGUUUUCUACAGGCCAACCAGAACAAGAAGUGGGGUGGGGGCCCCACGUGUAGAUCAUCAAUCUCAGCCUCGCUGAAGUCACUUCGCUCGAGUCGCAGAGGCUGUCGGCCAGAAUGUCUCUGUCUCCUGAAUGUUGUGAUGAAAAAACAGGCAACAGGGAUGGUGGUGCCUUGGCCCGGCAGAAGAGGCUGAUCUGCGGUUUGUUCAUUUGGUCCACCCUGCUGACUCUGGGUCUCGCCACCAUCGUAGUCUUCCAGUUCUUCAAUGGAGCAUCACUGGAUUCUGGCAAACAUAAGAUACUGUCAAUGUCUGCUUCUUCAACACCGUCUCCUGUCACGGCUCACGGAAGCACCACCCAAUCUUCUGAUCUCACGCCUAAACUAAUGAUAUUUGAUCCAGCUUGGGGCCAUUCAGAAAUGGUGGAGCUCAAGUGGCAAACAAAUUCUCGUCACGAUUUCAUCACUGUAAAGGAACGGCUGACCUUUAACAAGGAUGGUCAGUAUUUUCUGUACCUGCAGGUCACCCUCGAGUCGAAACAGAGUUGUAAUGUGACUGUGGAAGUGAAGGGCCAAUCAUCUCCUAGAGUCAUUUUAUCAAGUCAAAUCAGUCAAACCAAACCCUCUACUGGUUUGAUGGGUAAAGGAUUUCCAGUGACUAAAGGAGAUCACCUUACUGUCAAUUGCAACCCUGCAACCAAAAUAAAAAAAACUCCCACAGAAACAUACCUGGGUGUCAUCAAGAUAGAAUAAUCCUGGAACUAAUCCUGAAGGAGCACUUUAUAAGACUAUAACAUAAAACCGAUGACCGUAUGAAUGUGGACAGUACGCCGAGAAGCACUGAAAUACACUGGAAUGAUCAGACAACAUUUAUAAGUGAUUUUUUUCCUGAAGAGACAAUUUCUUUCUGCCUUUAUUGCACUAUAUAUUUAAGCUUUACCAAUCUUUGGACACUGUGUAUGGUGUUGCUCUUCAUCAGAAAGGGCAGAAAAUGGACAGAAAGGAGCAGGACUGUAAUGGUUCCUAUGAAAAAUUGGGACCCUGUUGUUGAUCACUAUGUGAAUAUUAAUGAUGCAGUUGCACAUCGGGAAGAAUAAAGAAACUUUCAAACAUAUCAAUAUACUUCCCUUUACAUCAAAUUAAAUGAAGCUUUGGCCAAUGAAUGCUCAGCUGGCAUACUAACAUGAAUCACUGAAACGGCAGAGUGUGUCAUUGUUCUAUUUUUGUUGUAUUUAUCUUUAUUUAUGCCAUUAAUUGAACUGUUGUCUCAAAGGUAUCUGACACUUUAGCCUUUAAAAUGUAUGAAUGUCAUUACAUUAUAAAACAAAAUAUAAGGAGGGACGUUUAAUUUGAAAUAACGCUUACUUUGUCAGACACGUUUUUGUUUGUCCCUGUUGUUGUCCUUGACCAAAACGUAACUUUAAAGAAGGAAGGCAAAAAACAAAACAAAGGAAUAUUAGUGGUUAAAGGGCAAACUGGAUGUAUGUGUACAUUUAACUGUCAGGAUAUAUUUGGAUGAUUUUUAGUGGUCAAGUGUUAUUGUUAUGUCGCUUUAAGCUUCCUAAAAGGUUGUUAGGCUGUAUGGUAAAGAUGAUUUAACUUCAACAGAACACAGUUGUGGUAUCUGUAGAAACUUGAGGGAAAUUGACUUCAUACAUCCAUAAAAAAUAACCGUCGGGACCAAGGUUGCAAAAUGGCUCAGGAAAAAAAGAGAAAAAUAAAAACUAAAAGCUCUAGCGUUGGAUUGCAGAUCUGUUGGCAAUGCACUUCCAUUCAUACCUUGAAUGUGUCUUAUUCUUACGUAUUUUGAAGUUGCUGUAUGUCUCUCAGUUGUUUCGUUCUUAGUGUUUUGUUCUCAAGACUGUAUAUUUUUGCCUUCUAUUUUUCUCUUAACUAAAGUUGCUCAUUCUGUGUGUUUUUGGUAUGAUGUCAUUUAUCUGUUAGCUCUGUCCGUUUUUCUUUUCUUCCUGCAAUUCCUACAGAGAGUAAUAAGUGCUUUAAACCACAGUUUUGGACAUUAAACAUGUUUUUAU